AACCAGCAGCGGCUUGUUGUGUGUGUGCUCGCGUGUGUUAGCCGUUAGCACUUUUGAAACGUAUGAGAGACGCAUUACCUGUGUGAAACUCGGACAUACUUGAAAACAAUCUCAUGCUACGAAUCUAAAACCUGCGCCGAUGUUUGCAGCGUCUCCCUAAAAAGACAGAGUGAGGUCAACUCUGUGGAUUUUUUUAGUCACAUUUAGUCAAAAAGUACGUUAAAAAUUAAAAGCCAAGAGAAAGAACAGGCACCAUGGCGGAUGUUACUGCGCGUAGCUUACAGUACGAGUACAAAGCGAACUCUAACUUGGUGUUACAAGCGGAUCGCUCUCUGAUUGACCGCACGCGGCGAGAUGAGCCCACCGGAGAGGUUCUGUCCCUCGUGGGGAAACUGGAGGGGACCAAGAUGGGGGACAAGUCCCAGAGGACCAAACCUCAGAAGCUGGAGGAGAGACGAGACAAGAGGCGAAAGAGAGACGAGGACAGACACGACAUCAACAAGAUGAAGGGCUACACCCUUCUGUCUGAAGGCAUAGACGAGAUGGUGGGCAUCGUGUACAAGCCCAAAACCAAGGAGACCAGAGAGACGUAUGAGGUGCUGCUGAGCUUCAUCCACGCCGCUCUGGGAGAUCAGCCGCGUGAUAUUCUGUGCGGAGCGGCCGAUGAAGUUUUAGCGGUGCUGAAGAACGAUAAAAUGAGGGACAAGGAACGGCGGCGUGAAGUAGAGCAGCUUCUGGGGCCGGCCGAUGACACCCGCUACCACGUGUUGGUUAAUUUGGGCAAAAAGAUCUCCGACUACGGAGGGGACAAGGACCUGCAGAAUAUGGAUGACAACAUCGAUGAAACGUACGGCGUGAACGUCCAGUUUGAGUCUGAUGAGGAGGAGGGGGAUGAAGACCAGUUUGGAGAAGUCCGAGACGAGCACUCGGAUGAAGACAGCGAAGGAGAGGAGGCCGGUGUGGGCUGCGCUCUUUCAGCCAACCUCGGGGCCACAGGCGACGUGAUGACCGUGAAGAAAAAGGACCUCCAUCCUCGAGACAUCGACGCCUUCUGGCUCCAGCGUCAGCUCAGCCGUUUCUAUGACGAUGCCAUCGUUUCCCAAAAGAAAGCUGACGAAGUCCUAGAAAUCCUCAAGACGGCCAGCGACGACCGAGAGUGUGAGAACCAGCUGGUGUUGCUGCUGGGCUUCAACACCUUCGAUUUCAUCAAAAUCCUCCGUCAGCAUCGCCGCAUGAUCCAGUAUUGUACCAUGCUGGCGAGCGCUCAGAGCGAGGCGGAGAAGGAGCGCAUCACAGGAAAGAUGGAGUCUGAUCAGGAACUGUCAAAGAUUCUCUACCAGCUGCAAGAGACGGAGAAGGAGGAUAUCAUCAGGGAGGAGCGAUCUCGCCGGGAGAGGUUGAGGAAGUCUCGUGCUGAUGACGCGAUGGACACCGACCACGGAGAGUCGAUGGCCCCCAGACAGCUACUAGACCUCGACGACCUGGCCUUCACGCAGGGGAGCCACUUCAUGGCCAACAAGCGUUGCCAGCUGCCGGACGGCUCAUUUCGCAAACAGCGCAAAGGUUACGAAGAAGUCCACGUGCCUGCCCUCAAACCCAAGCCCUUUGCUGACGAUGAGGUGCUCGUUCCCAUCGAGAAGCUGCCGAAGUAUGCGCAGGCUGGAUUUGAAGGGUUCAAAACCCUGAACCGCAUCCAGAGCAAACUGUACAAGACGACGCUGGAGACGGACGAGAACCUGCUCGUGUGUGCGCCUACGGGAGCCGGUAAGACCAACGUGGCUCUGAUGGCGAUGCUGAGAGAGAUCGGAAAGCACAUAAACCUGGACGGAACCAUCAACGUGGACGACUUCAAAAUCAUCUACAUUGCUCCGAUGCGUUCACUGGUACAGGAGAUGGUGGGAAGUUUCAGCAAGCGCUUGGCCAGUUACGGCAUCACGGUGUCUGAGCUGACGGGAGACCACCAGCUCUGUAAAGAGGAGAUCAACGCCACUCAAAUCAUCGUCUGCACCCCCGAGAAAUGGGACAUCAUCACCCGGAAAGGCGGAGAGAGAACCUACACCCAGCUAGUGCGCCUCAUCAUCAUUGAUGAAAUCCACCUUCUCCACGACGACCGUGGCCCGGUGUUGGAGUCUCUGGUGGCGAGGACGAUCCGUAACGUGGAGCUGACCCAGGAGGAUGUGCGUCUGCUCGGCCUCAGCGCCACGCUGCCCAACUACGAGGACGUGGCCACCUGCCUGCGCGUGGACCCUGCAAAGGGACUCUUCUACUUCGACAACAGUUUCCGCCCCGUGCCUCUGGAGCAGACUUACGUCGGCAUCACAGAGAAAAAGGCCAUCAAGCGUUUCCAGAUUAUGAAUGAGAUCGUUUAUGAAAAGAUCAUGGAGCAUGCUGGGAAGAACCAGGUGCUAGUUUUCGUCCACUCCAGGAAGGAGACGGGAAAAACCGCCCGGGCCGUGAGGGACAUGUGUUUGGAGAAGGACACGCUGGGUCUUUUCCUCAGAGAGGGGUCGGCUUCCACUGAAGUCUUGAGAACUGAGGCGGAGCAGUGCAAGAACCUGGAACUGAAGGAUCUGCUGCCCUACGGCUUUGCGAUCCACCACGCCGGAAUGACCAGAGUGGACCGUACGCUGGUGGAGGAUCUGUUCGCCGAUCGACACAUCCAGGUCCUGGUGUCCACGGCCACGCUGGCCUGGGGAGUCAACCUGCCGGCACACACCGUCAUCAUCAAAGGUACUCAGGUGUACAGCCCUGAGAAAGGCCGGUGGACCGAACUCGGAGCCCUGGACAUUCUGCAGAUGCUUGGUCGAGCCGGCCGUCCUCAGUACGACACCAAGGGAGAGGGAAUCCUGAUCACGUCUCACGGAGAGCUGCAGUACUACCUGUCUCUGCUCAACCAGCAGCUGCCCAUAGAGAGCCAGAUGGUGGCGAAGCUGCCUGACAUGCUCAACGCCGAGAUAGUACUGGGCAACGUGCAGAACGUGAAGGACGCCGUGAACUGGCUCGGCUACACCUACCUGUAUGUGCGCAUGCUCCGCAACCCCACCCUGUACGGCGUCUCCCACGACGACAGGAGCUCAGACCCGCUGCUGGAGAGACGCAGGACGGACCUGGUGCACACGGCGGCCAACGUCCUGGACAAGAACAACCUCGUCAAAUACGACAAGAGGUCCGGCAGCUUCCAGGUGACCGACCUGGGACGCAUUGCGAGUCACUUCUACAUCACCCACGACUCCAUCCAGACGUACAACCAGCUGCUGAAGCCGACGCUCAGCGAGAUCGAGCUCUUCAGAGUCUUUUCACUCUCCUCAGAGUUCAGGAACAUCACCGUGAGAGAGGAGGAGAAGCUGGAACUUCAGAAGCUGCUGGAAAGAGUUCCCAUUCCUGUGAAGGAAAGCAUCGAGGAACCCAGUGCUAAGAUAAACGUGCUGCUGCAGGCGUACAUCUCUCAGCUCAAACUGGAAGGCUUCGCUCUCAUGGCCGACAUGGUGUACGUCACACAGAGUGCUGGAAGAUUGAUGCGGGCGAUAUUUGAGAUCGUUCUCAACAGAGGCUGGGCUCAGCUGACGGACAAGACCAUGAAUCUUUGCAAGAUGAUCGACAAGAGAAUGUGGCAGUCGAUGUCUCCGCUGCGACAGUUCAAGAAGCUUCCAGAGGAAGUCAUCAAGAAGAUCGAGAAGAAGAACUUCCCCUUCGAGCGUCUCUACGACCUCAACCACAAUGAGAUCGGUGAGCUGAUCCGAAUGCCAAAAAUGGGGAAGACCAUCCACAAAUACGUCCACCAGUUCCCCAAACUGGACCUGGCUGUCCACCUGCAGCCAAUCACCCGCUCCACGCUGAAAGUGGAGCUCACCGUCACGCCGGACUUCCAGUGGGAUGACAAGAUUCACGGAUCCUCUGAGGCUUUCUGGAUCCUGGUUGAGGAUGUGGACAGCGAGGUCAUCCUCCACCACGAGUACUUCCUGCUCAAAGCCAAGUACGCCCAGGACGAACACCUUGUGACGUUCUUUGUGCCGGUGUUCGAGCCUCUGCCGCCGCAGUACUUCAUCCGCGUGGUCUCGGACCGAUGGCUCUCGUGUGAGACUCAGCUCCCGGUAUCCUUCCGUCACCUGAUCCUACCGGAGAAGUACCCGCCACCGACGGAGCUGCUGGACCUGCAGCCUCUGCCCGUCACUGCUCUCAGAAACUCAGCCUUCGAGGCGCUCUACCAGAACAAAUUCCCCUUCUUCAACCCCAUUCAGACACAAGUGUUCAACGCUGUGUACAACAGCGACGAUAACGUGUUUGUGGGCGCUCCCACCGGCAGUGGAAAGACCAUCUGUGCGGAGUUUGCUAUUCUGAGGAUGCUGCUGCACAACGCCGAAGGUCGCUGCGUCUACAUCACCCCGAUGGAAGCUCUGGCCGAGCAGGUGUUUGUCGACUGGCACCAGAAGUUCCAGGACAUCCUGAACAAAAAGGUGGUGCUGCUGACGGGAGAAACCAGCACCGAUCUGAAGCUCCUGGGGAAAGGGGACAUUAUCGUCAGCACCCCCGACAAAUGGGACAUCCUGUCUCGGCGCUGGAAACAGAGGAAGAACGUCCAGAAUGUCAGCCUCUUCAUCGUGGACGAGACUCACCUGAUCGGAGGAGAGAACGGACCUGUGUUGGAAGUGAUCUGCUCCAGGAUGAGGUACAUCUCCUCUCAGAUCGAGCGUCCCAUCCGCAUCGUGGCGCUCAGCUCGUCUCUGUCCAACGCCAAAGACGUGGCCCACUGGCUCGGCUGCAGCACCACGGCCACGUUCAACUUCCACCCCAACGUCAGACCGGUUCCUCUGGAGCUGCACAUCCAGGGCUUCAACGUGAGUCACACUCAGACUCGCCUGCUGUCCAUGGCGAAGCCCGUUUACCACGCCAUCAUGAAGCACUCUCCCUCCAAGCCGGCCGUGGUGUUCGUCCCGUCCCGCAGACAGACUCGCCUCACGGCCAUCGACAUCCUCACCUUCUGCGCUGCGGACGUGGUUCCUCAGAGGUUCUUGCAUUGCACCGAGAAGGACCUCGUUCCCUUCCUGGAGAAAAUAAACGACUCGACUCUGAAAGAGACUCUGGCCAACGGCGUCGGCUACCUGCACGAGGGCCUGUCUGCAACCGAGCGCCGAAUAGUGGAGCAGCUCUUCAACUCCGGUGCUGUUCAGGUGGUGGUUUCUUCUCGGUCGCUCUGCUGGGGCAUCAACAUCUCCGCACACCUCGUCAUCGUCAUGGACACCCAGUACUACAACGGCAAAAUCCACGCAUAUGUGGACUAUCCGAUCUACGACGUCCUGCAGAUGGUGGGCAAAGCGAACAGACCCAUGCUGGACGACGAGGGACGCUGUGUCAUCAUGUGUCAGGGCUCCAAGAAGGACUUCUUCAAGAAGUUCCUGUACGAGCCGCUGCCAGUGGAGUCUCACCUGGACCACUGCCUCCACGACCACUUCAACGCCGAGAUCGUCACCAAGACGGUGGAGAACAAGCAGGACGCCGUGGACUACCUGACGUGGACGUUCCUCUACCGCCGCAUGACCCAGAACCCCAACUACUACAACCUGCAAGGCAUGUCCCACCGCCACCUGUCGGACCACCUGUCGGAGCUGGUGGAGCACACGCUGCACGACCUGGAGCAGUCCAAGUGCAUCAGCAUCGAGGACGAGAUGGACGUCGCGCCGCUCAACCUGGGCAUGAUCGCUGCCUACUACUACAUCAACUACACCACCAUCGAGUUGUUCAGCAUGUCCCUGAACGCCAAGACAAAGAUCCGUGGAUUAAUCGAGAUCAUCUCCAACGCUGCCGAGUACAACAACAUUCCCAUCAGGCACCACGAGGACCAACUCCUCCGACAGUUGGCGCAGAAAGUACCGCACAAACUGAACAACCCGAAGUUCAACGACCCGCACGUGAAGACCAACCUGCUGCUGCAGGCGCACCUCUCCCGCAUGCAGCUGAGCGCCGAGCUGCAGUCGGACACAGAGGACAUCCUCAGCAAGGCGGUGCGGCUGAUCCAGGCCUGCGUGGACGUGCUGUCCAGUAACGGUUGGCUGAGUCCGGCUCUGGCAGCGAUGGAGCUGGCUCAGAUGGUUACCCAGGCGAUGUGGUCCAAGGACUCGUACCUCAAACAGCUGCCCUUCUUCACCUCCGAGCACAUCAAGCGCUGCACAGAUAAGGGCGUGGAGAGCAUCUUCGACAUCAUGGAGAUGGAGGAUGAAGAGCGAACGGCUCUGCUGCAGCUGUCCGACGCCCAGAUGGCCGACGUCGCUCGCUUCUGUAACCGCUACCCCAACAUCGAGCUGUCGUACGAAGUCGCCGAGAAGGACAACCUCAAGAGCGGCAGUCCAGUUCUGGUUCAGGUUCAGCUGGAGAGAGAGGAGGAAGUGACCGGGCCCGUCAUCGCACCGCUCUUCCCCCAGAAACGUGAGGAGGGCUGGUGGGUGGUGAUCGGAGACCCCAAAUCUAACAGCCUGAUCUCCAUCAAGAGGCUGACGCUGCAGCAGAAAGCCAAGGUCAAAUUGGACUUUGUUGCCCCGGCGAUGGGCGUCCAUAACUACACACUGUACUUCAUGAGCGACGCGUACAUGGGCUGCGACCAGGAGUACAAGUUCAGUGCGGACGUGAAGGAGGCGGACAGCGACGGAGACAGCGACUCGGACUAGAAGACUCCACUUCAGUCAGUCAGUUAGUUUCUUCCUGUAGAUAUUGAGCGUCUGUAAGCAUGUCGUCGUUCUUCUCCCGGUGAAGAUAAGCCGUUUUAUUAGUUUGUUUUUCAUUUUAAAAUCCCCUGAAUGAUGUACGACAGUCCAGAAGUGAAGUGUACAGGACGUUGUAGUUUGAUACAUAAUAAAAGAUUGAGAAAGUACACGUUCAUCUGCUCUUAUUCCAGAUUGGGUCUCUGACUACGGAGGUCAAACUGUCCUGUUAUGUCUCUUUCUGGACUUAAUAAACAAUGUUUGUUAUGAAAUCUUGAUUCUUGGACUUUGUCUGAAUGUUUUUAAAAUGAUGUGCUGUCUGGAAUAUUUUUUUUGCAAUAAAGAGAAGCCACACAA